AUGCUGUCCGCUGUUAGCAAGCAAUCUACUCCAUCGUCUGCAGGUGCAGGCGCAUCGUCCGGCAUCACUGGACUGCGUAGCGCCGCCCAUGCGCUGGAUGCCCGCGGCAACCCCCGACCGUCGCAGCGCAGGUCGACGGGUGAUACAUUGAGCCAAGGCCCGGCGGUUAUUGCAGCACGGUUGACCGGUGUCACGGAGUGCUCACGCCAAGACGACUGCCCCAACCUCACAACCCCCACGGGCAUCCCUCUCCCGCACACAACGCACACCCUCCACAUCGCCGGCCACCCGCUCCUCACGGACACAACCCUCACCGCGAAACUCUCCACCUUCACCCACUCCAAACCCCUCGAACGCACAGCCUUUGCCGGCGGCGCGGGCGCGUUCGGGUACUUCGAGACCACGACGGAUGCCGCUGGUGGGUUGACCAAGGCGAGGUUCUUGCAAGGCGUCGGGAAGAGGACGCCGGUUUUUGUGAGGUUUGGGGGAAUGCAGGGGAGGGACGGGCCGGAUUCUGGGAGGGGUGUUCGGGGGUGUGCUGUCAAGUUUUACACGGAAGACGGAAACUACGACCUGGUCGGCCUCAACCUCCCCAUCUUCUUCAUCCGCGACCCCAUGCUUGCCCCGGACCUCUUCAACGCCCUCUCCCGAAACCCCUCCACCCACCUGCCCUCGCCUACAUCCACCUUCGACUUCUUCGCCAACGUUCCCGAAAGCAUGCACGCGGCGACAAUGCUUUUCUCCGACCGCGGCACGCCGGUGGGGUAUAGGUUUAUGGAUGGGUUUGGCGUGCAUGUGUUCAAGUGGGUUGAUGAGGCGGGUGCGGUUAGUUGGGUUCGGUAUACGUGGUUGAGUGAGAAUGAGUGCGAGGAAGCUGAAAGCACCGGCGACGCUGAAAGCCAUGGUCAGUCGCAAGAAUCCAAGACCGGGAAACGCAAACGACAAACCAAGAAACAGUUCACAUGGCCCGAAGCCGUGCGCAUGUGCGGCGAGGAUCCCGAUUUCGCCAAGCGCGACCUGCACACCCACCUCUCCACCGGCGGGCACGCAACCUGGGCCCUUCACAUCCAAACGCUCCCCCCUAACACACGCCUCACCUUCGAUCUCCUCGAUCCCACGCGCACCUGGCCCCGUUCCCUCUACCCCCUCCAAAGAAUCGGGCGCAUUGUUCUAACCCACAAUCCCGAGAACUACCACCGCGACGUCGAGCAAGCCGCGUUCGAUCCAGCCGCAAUGGUGCCGGGCAUCGAGCCUGUAGGCGGGGAUAUGUUGAUGAGCGCGAGGAUGGCGGUUUAUGGAGCGGCGCAGAGGGCAAGAGUGCAGGGGGAGGUGGAGCGGGCGCCGGUGAAUUGUCCGUUCAGGGCGGAUUGUGCCUGUCCUGUUGGAAGCUCCUUUCCGGCGAGUCCCACCGCCGCACUCGACGUCGAUUGGCAGGCUUACUCCGUCACAACCACGUGCGAAGAGACCGACAAACCCGUGAUGGCCACCCGCGCGUCGCCGUGGCCGCAUGAAGGCCACACCAGCGAGUAUGACCAGGUCCGGAAGCUGUAUCUGGAGGUGAUGACGGGGGAGGAACGGAUGAGGUUGUGGGGUAAUAUUGCUAUUUUGCUCAAGGACGUACCUCCCAAAACCCAACACCACUUCCUCGCCCAAUGCCACGCCAUCCACCCCAGCUACGCCUGCGGCAUCCACGCCCUCCUCGGCUCUCCUACCACCAUCACGCUGGACGAGGUUGCCACACUCGCCAAAAUCGCGCAUCGGGUUAAGAUGUGUGGGUGGGAUGUGCUAGGCCCGUUUACAUCGAGCGCGGAUGAGGAGAGUGGGGGGCUGAGGGAAUUUUGUAGGGGGGCGUGUGAUGACUGCCAUACGAGGAUUACUGAGUGA